AUGUUCUUAAUAUCAAGAGGUCUAGUGAUUCCCAAAGGAAAGUCGCUACUGCGACUUCAGCAACCUCUAAUUAAAGGGAUUAUACAAUCGCACCCUAUUAUUCAAUCUGCGUCGAUGGCUAUUUCACUUGUACGACAACCCUUGGGCAUCAGACGAAAGACUUUGGAAAUUAGACGUUGGAAUUCGUCAAUUGUCGACGUUAAAAAGAAGAGGUCAUCACCACCGCCAUCUAUCGAAGUGCAGAAACUUUCCAAUGAAGUAAGUAAAUCAAAUGGAAUGAAGGAUAUUAAAAGAUUAUUUAAACUGGCCAAGCCUGAGGCCAAAUAUAUCCUUCUAGCCUUAUUAUUUAUUGUGAUAUCUAGCUCAGUUAGUAUGACUAUUCCUACCAUUAUUGGUAAGCUUUUAGACUUGGCGAAAGCUGAUAACGAUGAUGAGGACGGUGACAAUAACGCCAAAAAAGAGAAACUCAUGAUUUUUGGAUUGACAAAACCUCAAUUUUACACUGCAUUAGGAGGAUUGUUUUUAGCAGGUGCUAUUGCGAACGCGAGUAGAAUUGUUAUUCUUAAAGUCACUGGUGAAAGAUUAGUAGCAAGAUUAAGAACAAGAACUAUGAAAGCUGCCUUGUAUCAAGAUGCUUCAUUUCUAGAUACAAAUAGAGUUGGGGACUUGAUCUCAAGAUUGUCCUCUGAUGCUUCGAUUGUAGCGAAAGCCGUUACUCAGAAUGUAUCAGACGGUUCAAGAGCUGUUAUCCAAGGUUUUGUUGGAUUUGGUAUGAUGAGCUUUAUUUCAUGGAAAUUGACCUGUGUUAUGAUGAUAAUGGUGCCACCACUAGGUGUCAUGGCGUUGGUUUAUGGUAGGAAGAUUAGAACCUUAUCAAGACAAUUGCAAGCGUCUGUUGGUGGACUUACAAAAGUUGCCGAAGAACAAUUAAAUGCAACAAGAACAAUACAAGCAUAUGGUGGUGAGGCAUUGGAAAUUCACCGAUAUGCAACCGAAGUGAGAAAAGUGUUUGACGUAGGUCUUAAGGAAGCUGUUACUUCGGGGCUCUUUUUUGGAUCAACGGGGCUUGUUGGUAACAUAGCUAUGAUAUCUUUACUUCUUGUAGGUACAUCUAUGAUUCAGUAUGGAACCUUAACUGUUGGUGAUCUUUCUAGUUUUAUGAUGUAUGCAGUUUAUACAGGAAGUUCAUUGUUUGGUUUAUCUGGUUUUUAUUCAGAGCUAAUGAAGGGUGCUGGUGCGGCUACGAGAGUAUUCGAACUAAAUGAUAGAAAACCUUUAAUCAAACCAACCAUUGGGUAUGAUCCAAAAUCACUUCUCGGAAAAUCAAUUGAGUUUCAAAAUGUAUCUUUUGCAUACCCUACUAGGCCAACCCACAGCAUUUUGAAUAACUUGAGUAUUAGCAUACAGCCAGGUGAACAUGUUUGUAUAGUUGGUCCAUCAGGAAGCGGUAAAUCGACAGUUUCUUCUUUGUUACUAAGAUAUUAUGAUGUAUCUACAGGUAGCAUAAAGAUUGAUGGCCAAAACAUCAAAGAAUUUAAUUUAAGGAAGUACCGUCGUUUGCUAGGUGUUGUUCAACAAGAGCCAAUGCUAUUUAAUGGAACCAUUCUAGAUAAUAUACUUUACGCAGUACUUUCGAAAGAAACACUAACAGCUAAUUCGCCAGAUGUGAAAAGGGCAUUGGAACAGGCUAAUUGUACCAAGUUUUUAAAGAAUUUUCCUGAAGGUGUAAAUACCCUAGUAGGUCCCAGAGGAACCCAGUUAUCAGGUGGCCAAAAACAAAGGAUUGCGCUAGCAAGGGCCUUUUUAUUACAUCCAGCAUUAUUGAUUCUAGAUGAGGCAACAAGUGCCUUAGACUCACAGAGUGAAGAAAUUGUCGCUAAAAACUUAUCAGAGCGUGUGGAACUGGGAUUGACGACUAUCUCAAUAGCUCAUAGACUUUCGACCAUCAAGCACAGUACCAGAGUUAUUGUUUUAGACAAAUCAGGGUCGGUUGUGGAAACUGGUCCAUUUGAAGAAUUGGUCGAUUAUUCCCGUAGUGAGUUGAAUAUGUUGCUAUCUCAACAGCAUAAGAAAGGUGAAGAGGAAAUGGAGAUCAUUUCAGAGUCGGUGACCGAAUCUAAUGAUUCUACAACCAGUGUGACUAACUAG